AUGGCGACGGCGCCGGCGCGGUCGAGCGCGCGACCGGCGGCGCGACCGACGGCGCGACGCGCGGCGCGACGGCCGGCGCGACGCGCGACGACGACGCCGCGACGCGCGCUCGAGGACGACGACGCGCGGUACUCGAACGAGACGAAACUGCGAAGCGAGGCGCAGGCGCCGUUUCGCGUGGCUCGACAGUUCCUCUACGGCGCGUGCGCGGCGUCGGCGACGAUCGGAUUCGGGAUCGCGACGAUCCAGGCGGCGACGAAGGCGGCGGGGGCGCCGAACGCGCCGCCGCUGGAGGGAUCGCUGGAGAAUUUGGCGAUCGACGGCGCGGCGCUGGCGACGUUCGCGUGGCUGUACGCGCGAGAGGAGGCGGCGCGCGAGCGACAGAUGGCGAGGAUCGGGCGCGAGGAGAGGUUGGGGCGAUUGCGGGUGGAGCUCGCGGGGGGGAAGACGGUGCGGUUGGAGGAUUUGCGGUCGUUUUCGAGGGUAGUCGUGGUGAGCGGGGACGAGGCGUACGCGCGAACCGCGCUGGAGGACGCGGAGGACGUCAGGGAGGCGUUGAUCGAGCGCGGGGUGCUCGUGGUGCCGGUGAUUCGAGGAGACGGCGCGAUCGAGGCGCCGAGCGCCGAGGAUCGCAAGUUUCGAUGCACGCCGCUGCGCGCGAACGAUUGGUUGGAGUGGGUCGCGGAACAGAAGAAGAUGUCAAAGGUGAGCGACGAUAAAGGGGUUUACGUUGGGUUGCGAAUGGACGGUCGAGUGCGCUCGUCGGGCACCGGGCGCGUGCCGUUCAAUCGAUUCGCGGUGGAGUUACCGCCGGUCGAUUCGUGGGGGGGGGCGCUCGACGGAUUCGACGGGCGAGUCGGCGUCGAUAAUUGA